CCUAACAAUUUCAUAUAAACCGGUGAACAUUUAAAAGGCCAAAAAAGCUGAUUUUAUAGUUCUUGCACUUUAGUGUUUAAACUGGCCAAAAGCCAUUGUAUCUAAUUCCUCUGUGAAAUCUUUUAAAAGAAUAAACAAAUCAUGUUAGUGAAUUCUUGUAGCUUUGAGAUAAUGUGAGGGCUUUUCUUCCAGAAAGCACAGAACUGGGAGAAAAGCAAAAUUAACUGAGGAAGUCAACAGAGAAAAUUCUGACUUCCAUAAAGGGAAAAAAAUAAAUGGAAGGAAAAAAGUUGGUAAAUAUUUCAGUGUGAAUGCAAACAGCUGUUACAUGGUAGCAGGGCAUGCUAGAAAUAGCUGCCAAAUCUUUCCUUUUCUGGAAAAAGAAACCAUUUACGCGUGAUUUCGAUGUCACAUUUGUUGAAAGCAUGCAAAAUAACCUGGAAAAGAAAAAAAAGAUCCGCAAAACAAAACUCCCUUGGUGGGAAACUUUGAAGUCCCCAUCACCCCUCUCACCUUUCUUCCCCAGAAAAAGUGGCUUGCGGCGGGUUUAGAGGUCAGAUGCAUUGAAUGAACCUGAAAAAAAAAACUGUGGAAAAAAAAUAUUCUACACCGAGGUAUGAAAUAUUUACUGAAAAAAUAAAAUCUUGUACCGAUUAAACCUGUAUUUUAAUUAAUUCAAAUUAAUGUGCUUCAUCUUGAAAAGUGGCAAGAUUUUUGUCGGUUGCCAUCUGGGAUAAUUUUCGUAACAAAUCAAACAGAGAGCCAUUGACUCAUCAACUUAGGCAGUUCUUCAUACAAUGCCAAACUUUGGUUCAAGAUAUACAGCUAACAGAAUGGAAUCUACAUAUAUUUAUGAUCUAAGCGAUGAUGAUGCUUUGAUGUCCGCUACUACAACCAAUCAUUCAACAAUGAUCUGUGAUUCCCUGUCACAACCUACAGCAGGUAACAUUCAUGACAUGAGCUGCUUUAUUUCUGAUGUAGUCAGUGCUGAACCUAUUACAAUAUGUGACAAUCCAAGAAGAAUUGCAAGAGAUGCUGUAUAUACACACAGAACAGCUGGAACGAAAAGAUUACGGAAACAAAAUCGUUUGAAAAGUAAUAAUAUUGGCAAUUCAGCAAGUGAUCCUAUAUUGAUUCCUGAUGAACCCAUAAUCGAGAGCCGUUCAUUUAGAAAAAAUGUGCCGUCUACAUCAGAAACUGAAUCAGAAUCACACAGAACAUCCCCAGCAUCUCAGAUCUGUCCAUUGUGUUUGGAGACAUUUGAAAAUAUCCGGAGUAAAAAUAUAAAAUUUAGAGCCACAUUAUGUGGUCAUAUAUUUUGUGAAAUGUGUCUGGCAAAAUGUCCCACUUUAAACUAUAAAUGUCCUGUGUGCCGUAAACCAGUAAAACCAAAGCAACUUAUACAUUUAUUUCUGUGAACACUGCAAUAAGUUUUUUUUCUUCUUUCGUCAUCAAUGGUCUUUAGAACAAAUUGAAAAAUGCUAAUAAUCUGAGCGGGAUGGGGGAUCAAAUAAAACUUGCAUGUACAAACCAUAACAUUUACACUCAAUUUGAUUCCAGAAUAUCAUUUUUUUAGUGAAUUCCAUCAGCAGGAAUACUGCAUUGUAUUGUUAUUUUAUGUUUAAAUCAUAAUUUGAAUAUUAGAAACGGGUUUUAAAUACAAGAAUAUUUAAAAUAAAUUUGUAUAUAUAAACAUUUGUCUAAUAUUUACUUAGAUUUGAUACGUUUUCAUUUGAAAUGAAAUUCUUGCCUUUUAAUCAUGAUUGUGAUCCACUCCACUUCACUCCAUCACUGCCAAUCAUAAACUUUCGCCAUUUCUUUUUAUACCCCCCCCCUCUCAUUUAAAUAAACUUUGAUUCACAUAAGUGACAACUUUUUAAGAGACAUUUCUUCCCUUUUACUUGAAAUAAUGGGAAAGUUGAGCUUUCUCAGCUAAUUCCCAUAUUAAUACUCACAGGAGAGACCUCAAGUUGUGGUGGAGGUUUUGUAUUUUAAAUAUGCUAAAUUGAAUUAAAUUAUUUCCUCAAU